UUCCGCGAGGAGACGGCACCGAUCCGAACCAGCAGAUGAUCGCAGUUUCUGCUACACGUGUACGGAACCGGACCUGGCAUCCGGGGGUGUCGUGUUCGUUUCACCGCAUUCUCCGUCCCCUUCCGGCUUCAAGAAGCUUCCCGGGGGGCUUCGAUCGAAACCAAAACAGCUCAAUGCACGGGAGAGUUUCUCAUUGACAAACCGGGACGCCUCGGUGGAACACCCCGUGCCACAGCUGCAACCCGAAAUCCAUCGUUCCGUUUUGGAAGAACCCCAUCGGAAGCACACGACAAUCCGCGUUUUUGAGAAAGCCGGUUCGCAAUGCCGACGACGACGACGACGACAACGACAACGACCAUGCACUCUUCGAUGGGCGGUUCCGAGAGCUCCCCGGCGGCGUCCGGGUCCGCUCCUCUGUCGCCGUGUUUGCAGGCCGAGGAAUGCCAUGGCAGAUUUGGCACGACGCCCACCCGAUCGCCCAAGAGGAGCCGAGGCAGGGAACACCAAAGGCGCACGAUGCCUUUUCACCAGCUCUCGUGCCCGCGGGGAAUUCUUUUGGUGGUGGCGGCGAUCGAUGCCCUCUGCUUGUUCUCGGCGCUGUUGUCCACCGAUGCCUUUCGCAUGGUGCGGCAUUCCCGCGAGUGCGGAUUCCCCGCGAGGCCAUCCGCGUCGGCCACGCCGCACGACGAGAGGAAGAACCCCUUCUACAGCCUGUGCCACGAGACGGCGUUGUUUGCCUCGCCGAACAGCGAGGCCAACCAGCAGCAAGCCACUGCUGCUCCGAUGAAGGACCCGUUCGAAGCCACCGGCCAGGACAACGACCUGUUCAAGACGCUGGCGGGCGGGCCCGCCCUGAUUUUCGAAAUGGCGCGCAAGUCCGUGCUCUUUGCCACCAAGGAACCCGACGCCAGGGACCCCCCGGCGAGGAACGCCACAACCGAGACAAGAACGGCGACGCCUGCCGGCCAGCAGUCCCAGAGCUCUCCCCAGGGCCGGUGGUACCCCCACUCGGGGAUCGCCGGCGACAACCCCAACUUUCGGACGCAGGCUCCGGCGAUGACGAACCAGGGCUUUGCCCGGAGCAUCUGGAAGAACGCCCGCAAGCGCAACAAGCCGAGUUUGUGGAAGCACGCGCUGAGGACCUACGACCGGAUGGCCCUCCUGGAGGCCGACCCGGGCUUUGCGCAGAUCGAGCGGGCGAACGUCCACCACGAGGGCGCGAUGCAGGCCUGUGCGAAGCUCGGCCUGUGGCAGCGGGCCCUGGAGAUCUACCACUUUGUGCACUCGGAGGAGACGGGGGAGGGAAGGCAGCAGCAACCACAACAACAACAACAACAACAACCACAACCGCGGAGGACCACCGGCGGGGGCCGGAACGAGCGGACCGGGGUCUACGUGACGGACGACAUGGUGCUGUCGCUGGUGCGGGCCACGGUGCGAGCCUCGCGGCUCCGCUCCCGCCGGAAGCGGGCGACGGGCGACCCUCCUCCCACGCCCGAGGAGGAGGAGCGAGAGGCGGCCCUGCGGAAGAUCCCUCUCGACUCGGCCCUCGAGAUCCUCUCGCGGCUGAAAGAGGACCACGGCCUGCCGCUGGCGGCCUACUACGUGAACCCGCUCGCCGCGGCCUACCAGAGCCUGGGCUACACGGCCCACAGCAAGGAGAUCCUGGAAACCAUGCUGUCGAACCGGACGGCCGGGGAGGACGACCUCCCCAACGUCCACGACCUCUGCGCCAAGGACAAGGGGAGCUACAGCCUCCUGGUCCAGGCCUCGGUGGUGAGGGGGGACUGGGGGGCGGCGGUGGACUCGCUGGCGGAAAUGACGGGCGCCGGCCUCUACCCCAACCCGCGGCACUGCAACAUGUGGAGCGAGAUCUCGGAGCGGCAGACGAGGCCGAGGGCCGUCGGCAGCUGGAAGAAGAAGCGGGACGACUUUUGGACCGACAGCAUCCGGUGACGGCUCGAACGAUGGUACAGCUAGCACAAGAACACAAACAAUGCAUUUGUUUGCUCUUAGAAUCAUAGAAAAAAGAAUUGUAACUUCU